UUCAACUUUAAUCGUUUGGCAGCACUGUGUGAAAGAAACGACGAAAUCUGUCGAAGAAGUAGCAAUAUUUUUUUAAUUAAAAUAAGCUGGCCAAUUUUCAGCUAGUAACAUUUAUAAAAACAUAAAAAACUAAUAAUAUUUAACAAAUAAUUAACUAAAAUAUAAUAAUAAACAGAAAUUGUGGAAAUAUACCACAAGAAAACGUGAUUUUCUAAAGAAAAUAAAACCAAGAAGUUCACUGUGAGAAAAAAAGGCAGCAGCAGCAAAAAUACUUAAUUGGUCGAGAACUUCAAACCUUCAAAAUAAAAAUUGCAUAGACUAUAUAACGUAAUACUUCAUUACAUUUAUACAACCCACAAAAUACGAGUGAAAAAGUCCAAGAAAUAAAACAACAACCUUAAUUCCUUUAAGGUAUAUUAUGGAAGAAAAAUGUAUCGAUCAAUUUGAAACAGUCGCAUUAAAUCUAACCAAAACUUCUUCAAACAUAACAACAACUAUAACGCCAAGUAACAAUUGUUCCAACAAGACACCAUUUUUUAUAACGUCGUCCUCGUCGUCUUCAACAUCCUCAACAUUAUCGUCCACAUCAAACGGCAGUCGCAGCAGUACUGAUCAAAUCUCUUUAAACUCUUCGGUAGAUAAAGAAGAUUUUGAUAAGGCCACCACAAGUCGUAGUUCCAUGUCUCUGCUACAAGAAGAAUUUGAAACAAAUUCACAACAUGAUUUUGCCGAAGUCUUGGACGAAGACGAUGAGACAACAACAUCGGGAGUAUUGGAAGCAUAUGAGAUAAGUUCCUCAAAUCUAUUGCCAACGACAAAUGAUGAUGUCACCUCAGAACCGGUGGCGGUAGUGGAUGAUAGUUCCUCCACAGAUGCCAUACAAAUAAUAAAGGUUUCCGAUGCAUCCACUGAAUCGGCAGCAAGUAAUAAUGGAUUUUUUAAUCCAUCAGAGAUUUAUGUCAUCAACGAUGAUGAUGAUGACGAGGAGGAAGAUGAUGAAGAUGACGACGUUGAUGAGGAAGAAGAUGUUGUAAAUGAAGCUGAAGAUGAUGACGAUGUUGAAGAAAUUAUUGAGGGCAAUUUAAUAAAUAUAGACGACAAUCUGCAUAUCGAAGAAGACGAAGAUGAUGAUGAUGUAGAAGAUGCAGAAGAUGAAGAGGAAGAAUGUGAUAUGAAUAUCACAAAUCAAUCUUCCCAACGUUCAACACAAAAUACCACCACCUCAACACAGGACUCUUCUACAACACAAAACCAAACUAAUGGUGUUAUUAUGAGUACCAAUGGAGCUAUGAUCUUCUUAGAAACUCCUGUUGUAGAAGAACAACAACAUCAUCAUCACCAUCAUCUCCAUCAUUCGCAAAUUACAAACUCCUCGAAGUCAACGUCCCUCAACGAAUUUGCCAACGAAAACAAUAUGAAGCCAAAACGUUUAAGUGAUGAAUUUUCUAAAAAUUCGGCAAAUACAAAUGAAACUCCCACUUCUUCGACGGCGGCAAGUAGUAAACUUUUGCAAGAGUCCAAUGAUAUGAUUUACGAUUUAACCGAAUCUCAACCCUGUCCCGAGACACAGGCUCAUGAACGCAUGUCAUCACGUUUGAAAAAGAUGAACUUGAAUCACGGCAAUACAAAUAACAAUAUAAAUUCUCAGGAUUUGCCUACUUCCUCCUCUUCAAGUGCAUCGAAUUCAUCAUCGAUCUUAAUGCCCUCACUAUCGGAUAUAGAGUCAAUGGAUUUAAUUGAACGUCGUGACUUUGAACAUGAACAACGUCUAACGGGAGGUAUUAUUUUAAAAUCAAGUUCGCUGAUUAAAAACAACGUGCUUGACUUGGGAUUGGUUAAAUCGCAACAACAACAGCAGCAGCAGAAAAACAAUAACAAUAAUGCAAAUAGUGGAGAGGAGCAACCUUCUAGUAGCCAUUCCAGAGGAUUUUCUUCUGAUAGUAAAUGUACCUAUAAAGAUUUGUCAGCAACACCCACAAGUAGUCGUAAACUAAUGGUACGUCUAACCAAAUCAACUGCCAAAAUGAAUUUGUGCAACACUCUAAGUCAUAAUCAACCACAACAACAACCGCAAUCGCAACAGCAACAAGCGCAGGAACUUACUACAAAAACAUCACAACGCAGCAGUACUGAACAACAACAACAAAUACCAAAAUCUUUAAACCUCUCCGCCAACUCUUCCUCAUUGUCAUCGACAUUAUCUGCCUCAUCAUCCUCCACCAACUCCUCAUCAUUAACACCAGCAAUAGCAUCCUCAUCCGCAUCAGGCAUAACAGCAAAUUCUACCAGCGUUAUUGUGGAAGCCGCCUCUUCACACAAUUCAGAAAUUUAUUCAAAUUCCAAUUCGAACGAUAGUCUUACAUCACGACCAUCUUCAACUAGUUCGACGUUGAAUAAACGUCCAGAAGUAUUAACACAGGAGCAGAAAGUAUACAACAAACACUCAACAGUCGCCGCAGCAUCAUCAACUUCUUUAUCAGCAACAAAUUCUUCAUCCUCCACAUCGUCCAUAUCCUCCACAGCUGCUCCAUCUUGUGUACUCGAAAGUGGCUGUAGUCGCACCAGCGCCAUACAACCUAUUGUCAAUAAUUCUAAUCAUAAUAGUAAUUCAUCCUCCUCCAAUGAAGCACAUGACGAUGAUGUUCAACCCUCCACUUCAUCGGCCAGAUGCCAAUAUGCUCCUCCACCCAGAUCCCAAAGACAAGUGAAUGCAAGUGCUCAAACUAGUGAACGCUAUUUGUCCCGUUCGAAUGCCAUUGCUGGUGGAGCAGGAGUUUCCGCAAAUGCCAGCAACGAUGUUUGCUUGUCAGCGGCCGCUCUACCCAGCCGUAGUGGCAGCGCCAAUCAUCGCCGUUCUGAGAUUUCCCAAAACCUUAUGGAUGGCUUUAGAAUGCUCAACGAACAUUUGGAUAAUAAUUUCACUUUCAAUCACCAGAAUACUUCGUGGAAUGAUUGUGAGGAAAACAAUUCAGAUAUCGAGGAGAUUUGCACGUGUCAUCAGAAUUCCAUGAGUGAUGGCAGCAGUCAUGGCGGUAGCAUUAGUGAUCUAAAUGAUGUUGAUGAACUGGACGGUGGACAUGUGUAUGGCAAAGAUGGUGGCGCCGAUCUAUCCUAUAACAUUAUGCAUAACCUUUCCAUAUCAGAAGAUGCAGCAGCCUCGCCCGAAUGUGUAGGAACACGGAAACGCAAAUACACCGAUACACGUCUAAUGGAACAUGACUACAACUCAGCCACAAUAACGGGUAGUGGAGGUACGGGUGCGAGUCUGGAAAGUAACAGUCGUAAGCGUGUGGCUUAUGAUUUCACUUCAACACCUCGUUCGUCACAAGUUAAUGCGGGAGCUUUGGUUCAUAUUUCCACACCUUCACAAUUAUUGGCCACCUCCUCCACCGGUUCACCUUUAGGCAGACGCACACCACGUUCCCUUAUACCCACAAGAGAUAAUCCGCCACCAGAAUUACAGCAAUGGCUGUCACAAUUCCAACGCUGGUCUCAUGCAGAACGUCUCUUGGCUGUCGAUCGUCUGAUCGAACAUUGUGAACCCACACAAGUGCGUCACAUGAUGAAAGUGAUUGAACCACAAUUUCAACGAGACUUUAUUUCUUUACUACCUCGAGAGUUGGCAUUGCAAGUACUUUCCUAUUUGGAUCCUAAGGAUCUGUUGCGAGCCGCGCAAACCUGUCGCAGUUGGCGUUUCUUGUGCGAUGACAACCUGUUGUGGAAGGAGAAAUGUCGCCAGGCUCAAAUAUUGACUGAACCGCGGACGGAUCGUCCAAAACGUGGUAGAGCCGGUAACAUGCCACCGAUUGCGUCGCCUUGGAAGGCGGCUUAUAUGCGUCAACACAUAAUCGAAAUGAAUUGGCGUUCACGACCCAUACGUCAGCCAAAAGUACUGAAAGGACACGAUGAGCAUGUGAUAACAUGUUUACAAUUCUCCGGAAAUCGUAUUGUCUCCGGUUCGGAUGAUAAUACAUUAAAGGUGUGGUCAGCGGUUACGGGAAGGUGUUUACGCACUUUGGUGGGUCAUACAGGCGGCGUUUGGUCUUCACAAAUGUCGGGCAAUAUCAUAAUCUCAGGUAGUACGGAUCGUACUCUUAAAGUUUGGGACAUGGAAACGGGCCAAUGUGUUCAUACACUUUUGGGUCAUACCUCCACCGUGCGUUGUAUGCAUCUACAUGGCAACAAAGUUGUUAGUGGUUCUCGUGAUGCUACUUUGCGUGUUUGGGAUAUUGAACAGGGUACUUGUUUAAGGGUUUUAGUUGGUCAUUUAGCGGCCGUACGUUGUGUGCAAUACGAUGGUAAAUUAAUUGUAUCAGGAGCUUAUGAUUAUAUGGUUAAAAUUUGGCAUCCAGAACGACCAGAAUGUCUACACACUCUACAAGGUCAUACUAAUAGAGUUUAUUCAUUGCAAUUUGAUGGCAUUCAUGUCGUUAGUGGUUCUUUGGACACCUCCAUCAGAGUUUGGGAUGUUGAAACCGGCAAUUGUAAACAUACUUUAAUGGGUCAUCAAAGUUUAACUUCUGGCAUGGAAUUACGUGAAAAUAUUUUAGUUUCCGGUAAUGCUGAUUCUACGGUUAAAGUUUGGGACAUUACCACGGGACAAUGUUUACAAACCUUGUCAGGUUCCAAUAAGCACCAAUCGGCUGUUACAUGUUUGCAAUUUAAUUCCCGCUUUGUUGUCACCAGUUCGGAUGAUGGCACCGUGAAAUUAUGGGAUGUUAAGACUGGUGAAUUUAUACGCAAUUUAGUUUCAUUAGAUUCGGGUGGUUCGGGUGGUGUUGUUUGGCGUAUAAGAGCCAACGAUACAAAAUUAAUCUGCGCAGUUGGAUCACGUAACGGUACCGAAGAGACCAAACUAAUGGUACUUGAUUUUGAUGUUGAAGGCGCUUGUGUUAAAUGUUCAUAGGAAAUAAAAGCUAAUUAUUUAGUAACAAUAAUCAAGGAAAAUCUUAUCUCCAAAUUGAUUUUAGUACGUUAUUAUGUUUAUAAAUAUUUCUUUAAAAGACGCCAAGUUUUAAUCUAUGCCUAAAGUGAGAAAAACGAAAAAAAAACACAAGUAAUUAUAACAUAUAUACAACUUAAUUUCCAAACAGUUGUAAUAGCAAAAGGAAUGCAAAACAAAAAAGGCUUUAUAAGCUUAAAAAAAUCAUAAUACAAAGGCUAAACUUAACUAAUAAUGCGCAUAGUGUUUUCCAAUUACAAAAACGAAAAAGCCCCCCCCUCUAAAGAUAAUACAAAUACCUUAAAAAA